ACAAGAGACCCCGAGGACUCAACACUUUCACUUUGCACGUUUCCUCUCACGCUGCGGUGUGUGUCUGCGUUGUGUCUGCAACAACUUCUUCUAGAAAAAGGAAGUCUGCUGUUAUGAUCUGAGCUAGCUGUGACUUCCUCAGCCCAUGUGGAGGACACAAUGUCACAGCACAGAGGGAGACUGUGGGACGGGAGUGGAAAGCCGGCCUUUGUUCUGGCCUCUCUCCUCCUCCUGGCUUUGCCGUGCCUGGGCUUCCUCCCCGACUUUUGGUCGCGAGUAUUGACGCUGUCUUGGAACUCGCACACUCACCAGCACAUCACAGAGCAGGCCAUUCUCAACGUCACCGUGGAGACGCUGAGGGGCAUCAAAAGACACCAGGGGAACCAUGCAGAGGAACAGACCGGACUGGGCCGCGGCUUCUGGAGAGCCGUGGGAGAGGUGGUGAAGUCCAACGCAGCCAUGGACUUCCUGAGCUCCACCCGGUCCGACCCGGUGUACCACUUUGACUCGGAGCGCGUGGACGGCGCCACGGGGAUGCUGCGGCAGUUCUGGGCUCAGACUCUGCUCUCGGUACGAGCCAAAGAGUACCAGAGUGCCCGACACAGCUUGGGCCAGCUGUUUCACUCCCUGCAGGACUUUUACAGCCACAGCAACUGGGUGGAGAUGGGCCAGCGCGUCAUUUACCUCCACCUGCUGCAUCCAGAGGAGCCGGCCUUCCCCGUGGCUGCAGAAGACACCCCUACCUGCAUGGAGUGCUUCAGUCCCACCUGUCGAGACAAUCUCAUGCCAAGACUGACCAACGCACAGCAGGACGCACAGCUGCUAACUACCGGCUACUUCAGCACCUUCCCUCCAAAACCUCACGGCAAAUGUAGUCAUGGCGGUAUUCUGGACCUCAGCCGUAACAUGGGGGCCAAAGGGGGCAUCAACAAGGACAGCACCUCGCCCCUCUUCUCCCCUCACCAUUACCUCCACGUGGAGGCUUCCAAGCUGGCCUUGGAGGCCACCCUGAGCGCGCUGAGAGACAUCAGCGACGCCGUGGGCCCAGAAACCUUCCUCAGGCUCUUCAGCGUGAGGCAGGUCCCAGCGCUGGUGUUCGUCAUGGACACCACGGGCAGCAUGUUCGAGGAGAUCACCGCCGCUCGCUACCGGGCCCACUCCAUCAUCCAGAGGCGAGCCGGCAGCCCCGGGCAGCCGGGCACCUUCCUGCUCGUGCCCUUCCACGACCCCGAGAUCGGACCGGUCUACGAGACCGAUGACCCCCGUCAGUUCAUGCAGCACAUGGAGAACCUGAUGGCGCUGGGAGGAGGGGACGAACCAGAGAUGUGUCUCUCUGCCAUCCAGCUGGCCCUCACUCACAGCCCACCGCUGUCAGAGAUCUUUGUGUUCACCGACGCCUCCCCCAAAGACGCCCACUUGUUCGACGUGGUGAAGGCCCUCGCGCUGGAGAAACAGAGCAAGGUGACUUUUCUCCUGACUGAAGACCCAAGCUACACAUUGCCAAGCAGAGGAAGGAGGAGGAAGAGGAGGAGGAAGAGAAGGGAACUUUUGUCCCCUGAUCGAUUCUCCCUCUACUCGUCCCUGUCCUCCCUCUCCGGAGGAGUGACGAUAUUCACCACCAACUCCGACAUCCGCAGUGUCUCCGCCAUAGUGGAGGACAACACCGCCGUGGACAAGGUGACCCUCCUCCAUGUGGAAAGUGACAAAGAGUCCUCGCAUUCCUUCAGAGUGGACAGCUCAGUGAAGGACGUCACACUGCACCUCACCGGCCUCCUGACAGAGUGUGUCCUCACCAGCCCGUCGGACCAAAGCCAGUCCCUGCUGAGCCAGAGAGGCCCUCUGGCAGAGCUGGAGCGCUUCGAAGGCCUGUACCGCGUCAGCCUCACGUCCCCCGCGCAGCCCGGCGAGUGGAAGCUCCGGGCCAGGAGUGACGGACACCUCACCUUCAGCGUGAUCGCGAACAGCAGUGUCGAUUUCCUGUAUCACUUUGCCACGGUAACCAACGAGACGCACCCAGGUCUGGCCAGAGUGGAGGGCGGUCCGGUGGCAGGCGUUCCCGUCUUUCUGGUGCUGGCUGUGACGGGCCGCGCUCCGGGCAAGGAGGCGUCUUUCAGUCACGUGACGCUGCUGGGCGCGGCGGGGGAAAGCCUCCAGCGGGUGAUGCUGAACUCUUCCUCCUCCUCCUCUUCGUCAUCCUACGCGGCGGAGGAGCUGGUGGGACGGAUGGACUCGGUCCCAGGAGUCGCAUUCUGCGUCCGGCUGACGGGCCGGGACGGCGCGGGAAACAAGCUGGAGAGGGUUUCCACGGAGAUGGUCCAGCCUACUCACGUUCAGAUCCAGGUGUUGUCCGUCCCCCGCCUGGUGCCCGGUCACAGCGCCAAGGUGGCCUUCGACAUCCUCAACCACGGGCCGGCUCGAUCCUUCAGCCUGAAGGCCGACGACGACCGCGGGUAUCUUCACAAGAGAGGACCUCACAGCUUCCACGUGGAGGAACGAGGUUCUUUCCGCGGCGAGGUGGACCUCGUCGCCCCUGCCGCAGCGGAGGCGGGGUCGAAGGUCACCCUGACGCUCACCGUGCGCGCCCUCGGCUCGCCGGACUCGAAUUACGCGGUGGCCUACCUGAGCGUGACCCCGCCGGACCCCGACACCUCCCCCCCGUCCUGCGCCGCCGCUCGAGCGCCGACCGCGUGCCCCGCCGCUUGCAACGGGUCGAGCUGGAGCGCGUCCCUGGUCGUGUCGGACAGCGGCCGCUCCGGCCUCGCCGCCCUCCAGCUGCGCGGCGGCGAAGGCGUCCUGACUUUGUUCCGCAGCCCGGUGGAGGACGGGGACGAGACGACAGGCGGAGGCCGCCGCCGCCACGCGGCCCGACUGGAGGUAGGAGACCCACCGGUGAACGUCUCCGGGUGGGCGGCUGGCUCCUCCCGGCCGCUGUGGGGGACGUACUCGUCCAGCUGCUGCUCCGCCCGCGCCGAGCUGCUGGUUUGGGACGCCGCUGGAAACGUGAAGCGCUGCCGGCUGGCGGCGGUGGCCGGGAGCGCGGGAAGCGGCGGUGGCGGCGGGGGGGCGGGACGGAUAGCGCCCGCGGCGGGGUGCCUGGCGGCGUUGGGUCUGAUCCGUCUCCUGCUUUAGGCCCGGUGUGAUGUCACAAAGGCUCUGCAGGUCAGAUCCACGUGUUGAUGCCAAACAGCCGCACACAAAAAGAGAGACAAAUGAUGAAUGUGAAUGAAAUGUCUUUCUCGAUGAUUGACUUGUGCUUACUACGGUAAUGUGACGAAUGUGCCCUAAA